ACAGUGGCUUCCAAGAACAAGAAGGCAAUGCUUUUAUAGUGAGAGCAGGAAAGGACAAACGCAGGCCUCGCUCAGAUCGCACCAUUUGCUCUCUCUCUCUCUCUCUCUCUCUUCCCUGAAGCAAAGCAGAGGAGAAGAACCUCUGCUCUGCUUCUACCAGGAUUACUAUUGAAGGUUGGACUUUGCGGCUUUGAAAGCAAUCACCAUGUUCCGUAGACGGCAUGCUCAUGAUCAGCAGGAAAAUGAUCUUGUGCACCGAGAAGCCAAGGUCAAUGAGCUCAAAGCUGCUAUUGGACCACUAUCUGGACGUAGUUCACGGUUUUGUACUGAUGCAUGUCUAAGGAGGUAUUUGGAAGCCCGGAACUGGAAUGUCGACAGAUCAAAGAAAAUGUUGGAAGAGACAUUGAAGUGGAGAUCAACAUAUAAGCCUGAGGAAAUCCGCUGGCAUGAAGUGGCCAUUGAAGGUGAGACAGGGAAAGCAUACAGAGCAAAUUUUAAUGAUCAUCAGGGAAGGACUGUUCUUAUACUCAGACCAGGAAAGCAGAACACAUCAUCCCAUGACAAUCAGCUCCGCCAUCUGGUAUAUCUCAUAGAGAAUGCAAUAAUUAGCCUGCCUGAGGGUCACGAGCAGAUGGUGUGGAUGAUAGACUUCAGUGGCUGGUCAUUAACAAACUCAGUACCUAUCAAGACCGCCCGAGAAACUGUGAAUAUAUUGCAGAAUCACUAUCCGGAGAGGCUUGCUGCAGCCUUUCUCUACAAUCCUCCGAGGAUCUUCGAAACCUUUUGGAAGAUUGUCAAGUACUUCUUAGAUCCAAAAACAUUUCAGAAGGUGAAAUUCAUUUACCUGAAGAAUGAAGAAAGCUUAGAGCUCAUGAGACAGAACUUCGAUGUUGAGGCCCUUCCUGCUGAUUUUGGAGGAAAAGAUGCUUCGCAGUAUGACCAUGAGGAAUUCUCAAGAUUGAUGGCUAGGGAUGAUGUAAAAACAGAAGGAUUUUGGGGGUUAGAUGAUAAGCCCAGCCGUACUAGUAAGGGGCAUUCAGCUGCAGAGGUGGCUCCUGAACCGGUUCUUGCCACCCCGCAAGUCAGCUAAGGAAGCCCAACUUCUCAGAAACAAUACCAUAAUGCUGAAUUACUGUUAUGUAGAUUCUGAACUAUGCAGAACUAUGCCAUCCUAGAUGGUUUGAGAGGAUUCUCAAGUGGAUUCUCAAGUGUCGGAACUGAUGUGGGUGUGCCUUCCUAGUAUACUUUUACUAAAAGAAGCUGGAACCGAGGUUCCAUUUUCUGCUGAAUAUAGAAAACAUUGCGAUUUAGUUUUAUGCUCCAUUUUCUGCUGAAUGUUGAAUGCAGAGAACAGUUCGGUUUCUCUUGCAGAGAACUGAUGUUUCUUUUCC